AUAUAUAUCAACUAGUCGAAAUGGCUGUGAGGUGCUGUUUCUAGCGCUCGUAUUGUAGUUGACGGUUUGUCUUCAGAGACGCACGUUUCGUUUUCAGUUUACUUGAUACAACGUACUCUCCAUCGGGUAUUUUCAUGGGUGUGUCCCUGGAGGUCUACCGUUGUCGAAUUGGAUGUUUCGCUCCUAUUGCUCAUCUCCUAUCCACUUCAGUGUCUGAGAAAGUACAGCUCGGCCACACAACCAGCAGGAAUAGGAACGUGAAUGCUCAUACCGCUCCUAAACGUGUGAGAUGUCUUUUCAGCUGUUGCUUCUGUCUCACACUGGCCGCCAUUUUGAUACUACGUUGUGGUGACGUUCACCCACAUCCGGGUCCUCCCACACGUCCUGAAGAGGACGUCCAUUCUACAGUCGACCUCAGCACAGUUCGAGACUGCUCUUCUGGUACUUCCGAUGAUGUGAGUGUUUUAGAGGAUUUGUGUACUCUAUCCUCCCAAGCUGCGUCAAGCAGUGGUGUUUUGCCACAGUGUCCACUUUGUGCUUCUUCCUUCAGAGACAUUGGGUCCCUGUGGCAACAUAUAAAUGCUAGUCAUAUUAGUCGCCAUUUAUUUCCAAGCAGAGCUUUUCUUCAGGGUCAUAAUCGUCGUCUUUGCUGUGAUUGUGGAUUUGCCUAUUCAAAGAGAUUUCAGUGUUGCAGACGUUCUUUGGGAUCAGGAAAUCGCUGUCGUGGCUUGAUGGAGGACCCUGUUUCUUCAUUAUGGCUGAAUGGACAAUCAGACCAAGAUUCACUUUCUUCCUCCUGUGAGAAUUCUCAUAGUGAUCUCCACCAUGACACACACCUGUCAGCUUCUAAUAGGCCUGACCCUUCUUGUGUGGCUUCUUGUCCUGCUGACUUGGAUUUGGUAUUAGAGGGAGUUCAUGCUGCCUCUAUGUUGUCUCCUCCCACGCAAGAUGAAUCUUUAGUAUUCACUUCUUUCUGGUGA